CAAUAGGCGAAUAUGAAGACCUUCGGGCAGAGAACCAGAAAACAAAGGAGAAGUGUGACAAAAUUAGGCAAGAACGAGAUGAAGCUGUUAAAAAACUGGAAGAGUUUCAGAAAAUCUCUCACAUGGUUAUAGAGGAAGUGAAUUUCAUGCAGAACCAUCUCGAGAUAGAGAAGACGUGUCGAGAGAGUGCUGAGGCCUUGGCAACCAAGCUAAACAAAGAAAAUAAAACACUGAAAAGAAUCAGCAUGUUAUACAUGGCCAAACUGGGACCAGAUGUAAUAACGGAAGAGAUAAACAUUGACGACGAUCCCACCACGGACCCGGAUGGUGCAGUGGAGACCUGUGUGUCAGUUCAGUGUCAGGAGCAAAUCAAAGAACUCCGAGAUCAAAUUGUGUCUGUCCAAGAAGAAAAGAAGGUGCUAGCCAUUGAACUGGAAAAUAUCAAGAGCAAACUCGUAGAGGUGAUGGAGGAGGUAAAUAAAGUUAAGCAAGAAAAAGCUGUUUUAAAUUCAGAAGUUCUUGAGCAGAGGAAAGUCUUAGAAAAAUGCAACAGAGUGUCCAUGUUGGCAGUCGAAGAGUAUGAGGAGCUGCAGGUGAACCUGGAACUGGAGAAAGACCUUCGUAAGAAAGCAGAGUCAUUUGCACAAGAGAUGUUCAUAGAACAAAACAAGCUGAAGAGACAAAGCCACCUUCUGCUGCAGAGCGCCCUUCCUGACCAGCAGCUUUUGAAAGCAUUAGACGAGAACUCAAAACUCAUCCAGCUGCUCGAAGGAGAGAGGAUCCAGCAUAAGCAAAAGGUCAAAGAGUUAGAGGAGCAGCUGGAGAAUGAAGCACUACACAAAGAGAUCCAUAACCUCAGACAGCAGCUGGAGCUUCUGGAAGAAGACAAGAGAGAGCUGGAACAGAAAUACCAGAGCUCAGAGGAGAAGGCCAGAAACCUGAAGCAUUCGGGUGAUAGACAAUCCCUCAUGUCCAUGAUCCGGAAACGAUCUCAUCCCAGUGGCAGCGGUGCUAAGAAAGAAAAGGCAACUCAGCCAGAAGCAGCUGAAGAAGUCACAGACCUGAAGAGACAAGCAGUGGAGGAGAUGAUGGACAGAAUCAAAAAGGGAGUUCAUCUCAGACCAGUUAGCCAGACUGCCAGCCCCAAGGCAAAGCCAGACUCCUUAAAGGGCUCCGAGAGCGCAGUGGACGAGCUGAGGGGAAUACUGGGGACACUUAACAAAUCCACUAGUUCGAGAAGCUUAAAAUCCCUUGGCCCAGAGAACAGUGAAACUGAGUUAGAGAGGAUUUUACGUCGCAGAAAGGUGACGGCAGAAGCAGAUAGCAGUAGUCCUACCGGGAUAUUAGCCACCUCAGAGUCCAAAUCCAUGCCAGUGUUGGGUUCUGUAUCCAGUGUAACAAAAACAGCCUUGAACAAGAAAACUCUGGAGGCAGAAUUCAACAGCCCGUGUCCCCUAACACCUGAGCCAGGUGAAGGGCCCCGUAAAUUGGAAGGAUGCACGAAUCCCAAGGUUACGUUUCAGCCUCCCAGUAAAGGUGGAUACAGGAGACAAGGUGUGGGCAGUGAGAAGCCAGCUGAGCCAGUUGUAGUUCUAGAUCCUGUUUCCACACAUGAACCCCAAACCAAAGACCAGCCUGUUGGAAAAGACCAGACUGAAGGUGAGGAGGAAGGAGGUGACACGCAGCCAGAACCGGAAGAAGACAGCGGUGGGAAAAGGGGAGAGAUGGACAGUUCCCACUGCUGAUCUGAAGCCAGGGGCCGGCAUGUUUGGAGUCCUUACUGUUAAUUAAGCGUGUGGUUCAUUUGGGUGCACUGUCAAUGAGGCCUGUUGGACAUUCCUUUGCUCUGGCCACACACUUCUUUGCUGGUGUCACUUUGUAAGUAGUAAUUAUAAACAUAAGUAAGCCGUUUAGCAAAAUGCGUCUCCUGGGGUAGUUUUUGAUCUUUGUAGGGGUGAGGGUUCUUUCUGGUUUCUAUAUGAAGUUUGACUUCCUCGGGAAGGUAGCAGGAAACUCAGAUGUUGUCUUGGUAGGGAAAGUGCAGACUGUUCUUCAAAUUUAGUUAGUCAUGCUGAAAUUCAAGGUGGGUUGCCAACAAUUGGAUAAAUGGAGGCCACCAAACUUAAAAAUGACCUUAAGAGGCAAAUGGGGGCCACAGAACUUAAAAAAUGGCCUAAGAGGCACCCUUUAACCCAAGCCUUCUAUGUGCAGCCCCAGGACCAGGGAGAGUGAGGCAGGAGGAUUACUGGAGCCUGGACAUCAGUUUAGGUCACAUUGCAAGACUCCAUCUAAGGAAAAGUUCCCAAAGCAGCCUCUUGUUUGGGUCUGGUCUUUUGAUGGGGAAACUGAAACAGGCAGGGAGUGGGUCCGGCAGCACCCCAUUUUGUAGGAUGCACUGAGACCACCCACAGUGUAGAGCAGCAGAGGUGGCGCCAAGCUUCCAGGUCUCUGAGCUGUCGCUUUGGGAAAAACAUGCCGGUGUCCAAGGCUUGCCAAGGGCUUCAGGAGUAAUGAAUGAUCCAGGUGCUGAAUAGAGGACUGAAAGACAAGUCCAAACCUUGAAUUUCAAAGGAACACCUUUAGUAAACCAGAUUUUCUGUCCCAUGCGUUAACUGUGUUUUCCCCAUACACUCUUGUGGCACAAGUACCGUAUUUUACUCCAGUCCUUACGCACAGUGACGACAAGUGACAAGCACACAUUUUUUUAUCGACAAGCACACAUUUUUUUUCUUGCUUCACUGUCGUUCUAUAUUACAGGGGUCUUUUUGUUUUGUUUUGUUUUUUUCCCUAGAGGAAAUUAAGUGGCAGUUUCUAAAAAUACAAUGUUUCAGACUACCACAGUGAAUAAAUAGAAAUGUAAUCAGGGAAUUAAAAAAAAAAAAAAACAACUUAUGCAGGUUUUCAAAGUUGAUUGUUUUCAAAAUUGGUGUUUAUUUAAAAUAAGUGGUAAUGUACUUGAAUGCACUUUUUAUGAUAAUGAUUCAGUAAUGGUAAUUUUACUAUUAAAGAAAGUGAAAGGCUUAGUUUUGUUAGCAUGACUCAGCAUGUAGCUGUCAGGUGCUCUGCACCUCAGGGCAAAAGAAAAUGAUAGUAACAAUUGCAGUAGUUGUGUCCUAUUGUAUUUUUGCACGUGUGUGCUGCUAGCGUAGGUUUGGGGAGGUGGGGAGGCAGGUGAGAACACUUCCUCAAGUUGAAGACAAUUCUCUUUCAGUAGGUUCAUUAGGCUUGACUGUUUCCAUGUUCCUUCAGUGCUGAUUUUACCACUCCCUGUCAGUUCAGUCACUCAUGGGGAAUUAAAAACGUGAUUCUUUUUUUUUUUUUCAACUGUGUGUUUCCAUAACUGAAUGAUAUGCUGACUGCAAGUGGAUUAAUUUGUUUAGAUGGUUUCUGUUAUGCUGUGAUUUGAACUCUCCUCAGCACAACACAUUAAAGCAGACACAACAAUAUAUCA